CAGGGUGCUCAUGAAUAUUUAACAAACCCGGAAGUUAGGCGGUGCUGCUGUUUUGCUGUCGAGUCACCUCUGUCGGGAUGGAGGAAAACCAACCGCUAUAAUGUCGCAUAACGAAGGAUUCCGACAGCUGAGCAUCUCGAACCGGGAUACUUAAGACGCCUAACAUUAUUUAUGCUAAAUACUGAACCGUUACAAUUACAUUUUUGUCAAAAUGAUGGAAGAAAUCGACAGGUUCCAGGUACCUCCAGUCAACGGAGAGACGCAACCUUUGGAUCCAGCAGCUUCCUCUAACUCAGAAACCGAUCCCGAUGCCAAAGCAGAGACAGUGGCCAUAAACUACAAACCCUCACCACUUCAAGUUCAGAUAGAGAAACAGAGAGAUCUUGCCAGGAAGGGCUCAGUGAAGAAUGGCACUGUGGGUAGUCCUGUCAAUCAACAACCUAAGAAGAAUGCUAGAACAAGGUUGGUUGUGCCAAAUAAAGGCUACUCCUCUCUAGACCAGAGCCCAGAUGAGAAGCCCCUCGUAGCACUGGACACCGACAGUGAUGAUGACUUCGACAUGUCCAGGUACUCGUCAUCAGGAUACUCCUCAGCCGAGGUGAGAUGUCUGAGGGACCAGCAAAUCAACCAGGACCUCAACAUCCAGCUCCUGAAGGAUGGCUACCGACUCGAUGAAAUUCCAGAUGAUGAAGACCUGGAUCUGAUCCCCCCCAAAGCGGUCAACCCCACCUGCAUGUGCUGCCAAGCUGCUCCCUCCACAGCGUGUCAGAUCCAGUAGCAUCAUUUCUUUUCUUUAAAAUCUUUCCGGCACAUGCUCUAGGCCAAUUUCUCAGCAGUGACGGCAAAGAGAAGUGGGGAAACUGUUUGCACACUUUGGAUCUGUGUCAGGUAGGUAACACCUUUUGCAAGAAUCGGUGGAUGUUGUGCACCUUCCUCCUAUGGUUGGACCUGUGCACCUUACAUCUGCAUUGUGGAGGGAAAUUAUGGUACAAACAUAAGGUUGAAGGAAAAACUAUUACUUGUUUUUGUCCUCAUUAUAACAGUUUUUUCCCCACAUGGACCAUUAAGGACUAUUAAUUAGAAAGGACAUAGGAUGAAAGACCACAUAUACUGAUUCUCUUAGCUUUGUCUUCCUGUGUAUAUAUGUCUAACAUGAACAUGAUGUUUAUGUGUGAGUAUAUCCAGUUAACUCGGAAAGGUAGUGCUGAACCAUCAAGCUACUAGUGGUCCAAAUUUUAGUUUUCUGAUAUGUCUGUUUCAUUAUUUUGGUUAAAAAAAAAAAGUUUUGCAUGUUGCCUGUUUACACUGUGUCGAAUGUGCCCACUUUCGUUGACCCUGUACCGCACACAUGUCACCAGUCAGACAUCAUUCACAGUAAUAUUAUUUAAAAAAUGCUAUUUUGUAGAAAAAAUGAUUAAAAAUAAUAGUGGCGAGAGCAGCUUUGUUAGCUGAUGUACUUUAGUUGUGUAUCAAUGCAUAUGGGAACAUGUUCUCAUAAGAAUUUAGUUGGACGUUGUACAAAAUAUUGUGUUAUAUCAUAACUGGGUAUUUUUGCAGCAACAUCAUCAUUAGUGCAUGUGUGUGAGCCCUGUGGGAAUAAUAAUCAUAAAAAAAAAUAACGCUAGAUUUAAGUAACCUCAAAAAUAUUUUUUUUCUAUCAACUUUUUGUACAAAAAUCCUACUAAUUUCUUUUGAGAGGAUGCUAAGAUAGCAUAGCAUAAAGUAAUAUGUGCAAUUUGCUGUACCUGCUGUGAAUUCUGGCAGUAUACUGUAUUAUAGAUUUUGUUUUAAAGGGAGGUGUAAAAUAAUUGUAUUGCUUUAGUUUUCCUUAGUGAUGUUGGUUUUCUACUUAUCCACCCCCAUAUUUGAUUUACUAUGUGUUACACCGCAGACACAGCUUUGUAUUGUCACUGCCAGUGGCCUUUUGUCACAUGGUCGCUUUGUGUUUACUACACCGCUUGAACUCAUUCAACAUCAGCCGAUCACUUUUGUUCGUCUGUUUUGAUAACAUUAAGGCCGACACUCUAAUUAUUAGAACUUAGUUGCAAUAUUUGGGAAACCCUCACAUAUAUGCUUCAUUACUGUAUGUUUACAUCUUUGUUAUUUGUUAGAUAUGCUACAACGAGCCAUGUAGUAUAGCUUUGUUUUUUUGCACAAGAGAAGUCCUGGUUUUGGUCUCGGAAUGUGUGGAUAGAAGCGAAUCCAAGCCCAUUAUGUAUUCCCGGUUUGAGCAUCAAUCCAUACAUUGUCAUGCAAAUAAGGUGCCAUGCGUAGAUACCUGUUUUACAGUAUAAGAUGUGUAACAUCAGCUCACACUGACUGUGUAAAAGAUGCUUAACAAUCAUGUGGUGCGGCGGUCUUAUAGGAACACUUUCUGACUAGUACAUCAUUUAGGAUGUAGAUUCACUACUAUCUUUGCUUUCUAACAUAUUUAUUUACAGUUGUACAUUUUAAAUUAUUUUCCAGUCAUGUGUAAUAUUUCAUUCAUAUGGUUUAUUUUCUAUGUCAGAGGCUUAUGAUGACUGUACAAUGGUUCCAUUUAGACUUUUAACAGUGCUCAAGUCCUGUGUAUAGUGCAACAUGUAAAAAAAAUAAAUACUGAAUCCCCA